AUGGCUGCCCCAGCUGCUCCCACGAUGCAAGCAAAACUGGUCCUACUGGGCGACAUGGGCGCGGGGAAGUCGUCGCUCGUGCUGCGGUUCGUGAAGGGGCAAUUCUUCGAGUACCAGGAGUCCACCAUCGGCGCGGCGUUCUUGACGCAGACGGUGGCGGUGAGCGACGCGGUGGUCAAGUUCGAGAUCUGGGACACGGCGGGGCAGGAGCGCUACCACAGCCUCGCGCCCAUGUACUACCGCGGGGCCGCGGCCGCCAUUAUCGUCUACGAUAUCACCAGCACUGAUUCAUUUGCCCGAGCCAAGAAGUGGGUGCAGGAGCUUCAACGGCAAGGUAACCCCAACCUGGUGAUUGCCCUGGCAGCGAACAAGACGGACCUGGAGGCGCAGAGGAAGGUUUCUGAGGAGGAGGGAAAACUGUACGCUGAAGAGAAUCGGCUUUAUUUUUUGGAGACUUCCGCCAAAACAGCCACGAACGUCAACGAGCUUUUCUAUGAGAUAGCACGAAGGCUACCCAAAGGGGCUCCUCCACAGCAACCUGUUGGCAUGCAGCUUCACAACAAGCCAAACCAAGCCUCUAAUCCAUCGAGUUCCUGCUGUUGA